AUGUCGUCACCGACGUCAACAAAACAGCGUCAAAUUACAUCCUUUUUUCAAAGCAAAAAACAAAAAACGUCUGAAGUUGUUAGAAAUCAUGUAGAUAGCUCAAAUAAUUUGUCCGUUCAUGUAUCUCAUGAUGAAGAAAACUUUAAUCCAACUCAAGAAUUUAUGUCACCAGAAGUGACAGAAGUAUCUACUUCCACCACCACGACAGCUGAAAAUGAAACAAUUUUGAAAUGUAAUUUACUUUGUUGUACAUGUGAUGGUCGCUACGUUCCCGAAAAUUUUUCACUUUUAAAAUCAACAAAUGACAAACGUAGUUGUCAAUUAGGAUGGUUCAACAAACAUGAUUGGCUUUCGUAUUGCCAAAGUAAUGGAAAGGUGUAUUGUUAUUAUUGUCGAAAGGCUUAUCAGAGUGGUUAUCAUCCACAAGUAAAUAAAAUGUCUGAUUAUUCGUUCACAGUGCGUGGAUUUAAUUGCUGGAAAAAUGCUUUAGCUAAAUUUGAAAGGCAUGAAAACAGCCAAUGUCAUACUGAUUGUAUAUAUUUAGUAAAACAACAGUGUAAACCAUCGGUGGCAGCGCAAAUCAGUUUAGUACAUCAAAAUCAACAGGCACAGCGAAGAAAGAUGCUGUUGGUUCAAUUAAAAUCAAUCAAGUUUUUGUUACGACAGGGUUUGGCUUUGCGUGGUCACACUGAAGAAGAAGGCAAUCUAAUACAAGUAUUAAAGUUGAAACAAGAUGAUAUUAGUGAAUUAUCCUCAUGGAUAAACGAAGGAACUUACUUAUCUCAUGAUAUAAUAAAUGAAAUAUGUGAACUUAUAUCUUUGACAAUUAUUCGAGAAUUAUUGAAAGAGAUCAGACAUCGUAGAUUUUAUAGUAUUAUAUGUGAUGAAGCGACUGAUGAAGCCGGUCUUGAACAGCUAUGUUUUACAAUUAGAUCCGUUGAUGAUCAGUUCAUGGUGCAUGAAGAUGUUAUUGGGCUAUACCAGCUGACAUCUCAAAAUGCCGAACAUAUCACAGAAGUUAUACUUGAUAUUUUAGUUCGGUGUGGUUUAGAUAUAAAAUUAUGUCGAGGACAAGGUUAUGAUGGAGCUGCAACGAUGGCCGGCCAUGUGUCUGGCGUAUCAUCAAGAAUUAAAAAUUUAAAUUCGAAAGCUUACUAUGUUCAUUGCAAUGCACAUUCAUUAGAUCUGGCACUACAAGAUGUUACACGUGAUUCACCAUUUGUGGCAUCUGCCUUAGAUAUAACCAAUGAUAUUGUCAAUUUUAUCACAAAAUCUCCGAAACGUUUAAAUCUAUUAGAUAAAUUGACCGGUUUAAAUUCUUAUUCAAACUUAAAACCAUUAUGUCCUACUCGAUGGACGGUGCGAGCAUCAUCAAUGGAUUCAUUAGUUAUUAAUUAUGACUUAGUUAAAUUAUCGUUGGAUGAAAUUAGUGUUGAAGGUGGUCCGCCUUCUAUCAAAGCGAACGGAUUUCUAGAACAAAUGCAGAAGUUUUCUACGUAUUUUGGAUUAAAAUUAGUCUUUUCUGCUGCAGAAGAAGUUUCGUGCUCAUUACAACGAAUUCAAAAUUGUUUACAAGAUAUUUUGUGUGCAAUUAAAACGUUAACAAAAUAUUUACAAAGAAUUAAUUGUAUAGAUUAUUUUAACACGUUUUAUGAAUUAAUAUUGAAAGAGGCUGAAUCAUUAACAGAAGAACCAGUAUUAACACGUCUUAGGAAACCUCCGAGACGUUAUAUUGGUACAAUACGUGCACCAACAGUUUAUCAAAGUUCGUAUGAUAUGUAUCAACAGCAAUAUUUUUACGUUAUCAAUAGUGUGUUAAAUGCAUUAGAUUUACGCUUUCAACAGUCUGUGUUCCCAUUAUUAUGUAAAGUAGAAGAAUUUAUCAUAGCAGCUGCGAAUGGUACACAAGAUGAUGAUAAUAUUAAUAUUGAAAGUAUUGUUGAAUUUUUAAAUGAUGAUAUUGAUAUUACACGUUUAAAGUGUGAGUUGAAUUUAUUACCUGAUUAUUUUUCAACUAUUAACUUAGAAAAAAAUUUCGGCUUAAAAAAGAUUUCAAAAAUUCAAACUGUUUGCGAUUUACUCAAUGCACAAUCUAUUGGGAAAUCUAUGUUUCAUGAAUAUUGUAAAUUAUUGCGUUUAUAUUUAACAGUUCCCAUUACAACGGCUACAGCUGAACGAUGUUUCAGUGUUAUGAAUAGAAUAAAGACAUAUCUACGAUCAACAAUGACACAGCAACGUUUUAAUCAUGUCCUUAUUCCUCAUGUUCAUAAAGAAAAAUUAGAUCAGUUAGACUUGAACAGCAUUUGUACUGAUUUUAUUGCAAAAAAUCAGAGUAGAAAAGCCUUUUUUGGACAUGAAUAA